AUGGCGAAGACGGCUGAUGUUGAUGUUGUCGCGGUCGCGAAGGACCAGUCAGUCGAGCUAGAUGAAGAGAUAUCUGCUGUACGCGAUGAAAUUCGAAAGCUCACGGAGAGAAGGCAAGUGUUGUCGGCCAGUCUGCUGUCGAGUAGCGCGGUGAGAAACAGCCUCGAGUCGCAUCUCUUAAACCAGGUCGAUUCUGACACGCCGUCUGCCAUCCUCGAGUCAGGCAGACACGCCGAAACGAACCACCACCGCAUCGUCUUUUCGGCCACUUCCUUUCCGUUCAAGGAUCCGUCACCACAUACAGACUCCCCGGACCUGCUUGGUGUUAGGAUUGACGUUAAUGUGCGUGAUGGCACGUUUGUGAAGCCGUACUAUCUACUCCUUAGACGCGCCGGAGAGGACCGCAAGUCGCUACAGAUACACAGGCAUACAAUACCGGUUUUUAUACCGUUGAAGCAGCUGGAGCAGAGAUACCUCCCCAGACAGGCCACUGAUGGUGACCCUGGCAACCUGAAACCAUGGAAGAGAAGGAAGCAAAACCUCAAGGCGCUGGUACGGGAAUUGCGCCGUGAACUUGUCGCAUGGCAUCUUCGGAGAGAUGUAGUGGCUUUACUACAAGAACAGCUAGGGAUUACUGGCGCGGGUUCCGUUGAUCUACCGGUAGAGUCUAACGCACAUACGUUGGGAAUAUCAUCUGUCACUGCUGCGUCUGUCGAGGCUAGAUAUAUACGGAUCCAGUGGCAGGACGGACGCAUCGGCAGAGUCAAGGUAUCUAAUCGAGGGCUGGUUGAAAGGGUUAUCAUCAUAGGCGACAAUGGUCGUGACAAGAUAACAGAGACCAUCAUUGCUGGAGGUGAUGCUCGUGCUGAAGGCAUAGUACAACGACUCGUCGACAAGACAUGA